UCUCGCUCUCGCUCGUUCGCGCGCACGUACUGUACCUGUGUUCUUGAAUUUGUAACCCCAAAACAUUUUUGCAACGUUUUAAUUGUAGAAGAAUUAAGAGAACGAGGCACUGUUGUAGUAUAUUAUUUACUCUUUUUGAUGAAAAUAUUGUAAAACUGAUUAUUAGAGUAUUACUUUUUGCUGUUUUAAGCAAUGUGAAUACGAGAAAACCCCAAAACUUGCGAUCCCGCUUCAAGAACCGACGAAUUCUCUUUACUUCGUUUCAACUGCGAUCUCUGAGGAAAAAGAAUGGAUUUUUUCGACACUACCAAUGGGUAUUCUGGAAACUAUUUCGGGUUCCAAGGGAUAAUAACAAAUGGAUCCUCAUCAAGUUCGUCGUUGAUUUUGGAUAAAGAAAGGGAAGAGCUUGUGAGGACUAUGGUGAAGCCUGGCCAAAAAGAAGUUAAUGCAGAGAAGGCAUUGAUAACUUUGAGGAACCACAGUGAGGCUGAAAGGCGUAGAAGAGAAAGAAUUAAUGGACAUUUGGGCACUCUCAGGAGCCUAAUUCCUGGCACAAAUAAGCAGAUGGACAAAGCAGCAUUACUGGCUGAAGUUAUCAAUAAGGUAAAAGAGUUGAGAGGGAACGUCGCAGAAGCUACUAAAGGCACACUUGUGCCAACUGACAUUGAUGAAGUAAGAGUCGAACAACAGACAGACGAACAUGAUGGAGCAUUCUUUUCCAUCCGGGCAUCUCUAUGUUGUGAUUACAGACACGAGAUUCUAUCCGACUUAAGACUCGCGCUCGAAUCCCUCCCUCUGAAGACGGUCAGGUCCGAGAUUGCUACAUUGGGAAGUAGAAUGGUGAAUGUUUUUGUGGUGACUGGAUGCAACACAGAGAAUUUCAAAAAUAGUCCAGAAGAUUGUCAACCUCUCAUAGAUUCUGUUCGUCUGGCUCUGAAAUCUGUGCUUGAUAAAUUUUACGCAUCGGAAGAAUUCACAUCAAGAAAUAUGGUUUCGAGCAAAAGGAGAAAAGUUUCAUUUUUAAGUCCUUCGAAUUCAUCUUCCUUGGGAGAUUUCUGGUGAGAAGGUGAUUUUGUUCAUAUGCCGAGUCGCUUUAUGUUUAUGAUAUAGCAAUUUCGACUUCGCUAGCAUAUGUCUUAGCAUACAUGUCUUGUAUAAUAGAAGGGACGUGCAUGCCAAGUCAUAUGCUUGCUUUUAUGGUUAAUAAGUGUUGUACUUGUUGCAAAAUAAUAAAAAAAAAUUAUUGUUCUAAAUUCUA